GUUUCGACUUCGUUACUUCGUUCGUCCCGCCAUUAGUAGUUGCACAUUCACGGCAGUUGCGUGUUAAUCGAUAAAUCCACAUACUGUAGAUUUAUGAAGUACAAAAAAAGCAUCCCUCCAGUCUAUGAGUGGUUUAGUGGCUUAAAAGAAGUGCUCGUAAUUUAGGAUAUUAUUUUCGUUUUACACCCCUGGGCGAUAUUUUUGUUAAGGGAAGGGCUUUCCAGGGAAAAGGCCAAAAUGGGGGAGCUCUAUUACACGUUUUCGCUACUCUUAGUGUUAAAGGUAUUGUCAGUAAAGGCAGACCACUCUGUGCAUAUCUUGUCCGAAAAUUUUGAGCAGUAUAUAACAUCCUCCACCUUGCAAUGGGUUCCCAGCAACGAGAUUGAUGAAAAGCUUUUAGAUAGCGCUGUUGUAGCCGCUUAUCAGUCAUUUGAAGAGCCAAGAGAAAACGAACUUGAAGAGGAGAGCCAGGACAUUUUAGUCCAUACCGUUGACAAACCCGUUUACGUCUGCAGGGCUAGAAUCAACAGUGUGUGGGUGUCCGGACAACUUCGACCUAAGAAGUCAGCCUGUGUUGUGUCCUUGUACAAGAAAGUAUCCGAAUACAAUCAGUUUGAAGUCUUAGUGAGCAUUGAAAAAAGUUCCAGAUUGAGCUGGGUGUACAAAAACAAGUACACGUUGAUUUCAGAAGGUGCUGUAACUAGUGGAGAAAACAUUUUAAAAACUUACAUAGCGAGACGAUCCGCAAACAGUCACAAUAAGGAUGGCUCCCUAACGUACAAUGUGGGUAAGUUUACACCCUCGGAAAAUCUAGGAGUCUUUCAUUUGGUGGACCAAAAUAACAAUGAGCUUCAGUUUGAAGACGGUGAAAUUCUAGUCGAAACUGAACCGAUUGCAUAUGAACUUAAAUCCAUAAAAUUGGAACGAUUCCGAGGUCGAUUCCCAAGAACCCAAAAGAAACUUGGUGAAGCCGUUUUGAAAAAUGAAGAGGAUGUCCUGCAACAUGUAGCAAGUGUGAUAAGUUACAAAUAUAACUAUUCCUUAUUUUGGGGGAAAGGCCAUGGCCUUUUAACUGGGUUACCAUUCACCGUUACCCUCCCAAACGGUACGCAUGUGAAGGGCCAAUGGGCGGUCCCAAAGGAAGAACUAAAGUCAGAAGUAGCACCGGUGGAAAAAUAUUUAGAAGCUGGCACCGCUGUCAAUGUAACACUAAUGGGUAAUUAUACUGAAUCCGAAAUACCGUAUAACGCUACUGUUGUUGCUAUUUAUAAAGACGGCGAGAAAAAAGAAAUAGAGAUUAGAGACACAAAGCGAGAAAAAAUAGUAUCAGACGUGAUAGCACUAUACGAUCCCGUAUAUUUCCUCCACAACAAUAGCCAUGUACCUACUACGACAACUACUACAGCCGCCACUACCAGCGGAACUACUAGCACCACUUUUAAAACAUCGACUCCGCAAGAAAUUGCGUCUGAAAUACCUACAUCUCAUAAAACCGUGGAUAAAAAUAAUAAAUUGUCAAACCAUGAAGACAACCAUAAUAUAUUAUCCGAUGACCAAAAUGUCGACAGACAAAAUUCAUCUGAAAAGAAGCCUGAUGUACCUGCAAAACCAGACGGUGCAUGUUCCAUCGGGAUGUUCAGUUCAGUGACGAUAUUAGCAGUUUCUUUGGUGCUUCUGAGGGUUACGUAAAUGAACGAUUGUAACACACCUUGGCUUGCUUAACUCCUAGUGAGAUAGUGCGAAAUGAUUAUUCGGGCAAGUGCAGCUUGUUUUAUAUAUUAUUCAUUUUACCACUAGAUAUUUCGUUUCAUCUCAAUAGUCAUUCUAAAACAAUGUAUAUAGUUUGUAUAUAAAUGCUGAGGAUUGUUGAGGUAUCUCACAUAACAUUGGUGAUAUUUUUUAUUGUGACUACGUCCACGUUUAUUUUAGAUUGUAGAUUGGGGAUCCGGCUGAUGUAGAUGGUUUACAUUUUAGGAAAUUCGUAAAAUAUGUUUAAAUUUGCAAAUUGUAUUAUAUACACUAUGCAGUAUGUAUUAUUAUUCAAUGCUUGCACAUUUUUCUUUAAUAUAAACCGUCUAUAUUAAUAAAAAUUAGGGAGAGGGUAGUUUAGCAAAAUAGAAUAUAUUUUGCAAGUAAUAUGUAAAGAUGUAGUAAGUGGUAUAUAUUUUUGCUAAAAAUUAGAGCUAUUCUGAUUCAGUAUUGAAAAGGUACAAACUUUUUUUUGUGCAUUAAUGUUAUUUCAAGCACAAGCCAAUACUUUCAAACGAGAAUUUUUAUAGUUCUCCUGUAAAAGUAAGGUGUGACUGGAUGAUCCAUUCCAAUAGUAAGUACAAAAAUGGAGUUCAUAUUUCAAAUCAAAUUUAAUGAAUAAGCAAAACAUUACAAUCUCUUAAAAUAAUCUUAUUCUAAUAACUGUGAAAUAUACACAUGUAAGCUUGAUGAUGUUAAAAAUUUAAUAGCAUUAAAAUUCCAUAUUAAGAUAUACAUAAAUACAAAAAUAUGUGUAGCAUAAAGUUCCGUAAACGUCUGAUCUGACUUUUGCUUCAUGUAUCAGAUUUGUUUUCAGUAAUAAUAAUAUUACUGCUGGUGUGAUUCUCCUUGGACUGAAACCUGUAUAAAGAAUGUUUGUUUAAUUGUACAUUUCUGUAAUAUGUAGAUAAUCAAUAAAAAGGUAUCUAAAUUGAA